AUGCCUUUAAUUCUUCACAAUGUCCCCGACGAGGAGCGCUACGUCGGCGACGACGGCCUAACGCGCCCUUAUGCCAUGAUCUUUGGCCAGAACGAAGGCGGUCCCGCGACGGGUAUGCGUGCGCGACGAGCGGUAGCGGAAACAGGUUCCUUUGGCAAGUCGACGCGGCGCUCGCGCUCUCGCACCGGCACACCUGCCAGAGGCGCCAAGGAGAAUCCGACGCUCGCCGCGGCCGACAAAGUCUUCGGCGACUGGCUAUCGAAGCAGAAUAACAAAGAGAGCAGCAGCAACGGAAACAACAAUAACUCAGCCGGCGGUGGCGGCAGCUCCGCCGCAGCCCGAAAAUCAAGCCAGCAGGAGGACGCGGUGCCGCAGCGCGGCGCGGCGCAGUCGACGCCCGUCGAGCUCGUCCUCCGGGGGUACCGCUCCGCGGCGCAGCAGUACGCGGCCAUCUGCCACUACGAGGAGCUGGCCGGGUCGGUGCUCGAGGACUACCCGCGGGACCCGCCGACGGCGCAGCGGCGGUACAAGUCGGACCUGCGCGACCCCGCGUACACGCGUCGGCGGCGGCACCUGACGCCCGACGAGCGCGCGCUGGUCAACCGCGCCGACGGCGGCGACCACUGGGUCAAGGUGACGUUUGAGAGCGCCGAGGCAGCCAACGCCGCCCUCUACGCGAGCCCCCAGCGCAUCCUCGGCCACCUCGUCCACGCCGAGCCCUACCGCGGCCUGCCGCUCGCCCGCGACGAGGCCUGCCCCGACACGGGCGACCAGCCCUUCUUCGCCGCUGGUGGGGAUCUUCCUGGCGUCGGUGGCCUGACUAGGUCCCAGAGCGUCCCCGCCAACGUCGGCGACGCUGCCGGCGGCAUCCGACGCGCCGGAGGCCUGCCGCAGUCGUUUGGCAGCCGGCUGCUUGACCUCAGCACCGCGACGCCCGACUCCCGCCGGACCAGCGAGACCCUCGACACCGCCACGCUCUCGACGUCCCGGGCGUCGACGUCCACGCUCAUCGACCCCUUUGGCGCCCACGCCGUCUUCACCCCCGUGACGGAGCAGCCACCGAUCGAGAUCCCGCCCGAGGACAGCAUCUUCUGCCGCCGGAUACCCACCGCGCGCCGCGCCCGCCUGCUGCCCGCUGAGCAGGCGCUGCUGCCGCAGCAGUCGGUCGUGCAGCGCCUCGUCGCCGCGGUGCCGUUCAUCAACUGGUUCGGCGGCAGCAUGAUCGGCAACGAGCUGCCGCGCACCGAGGCGGGCGAGUUCGACUGGAACCGCGCGAGCCUGUACUGGAAGUUCAUCUGGUGGCUGGACGCCACCUUUGGCCUGUUCCGCGGCGACGUCUACAGUGUCGACAAGGACGAGUAA